AUGUCGAGUGGUCAAUUUCAAUUAUAUUUCAUUAUCUAUCUAUCUAUCUAUCUAUCUAUCUAUCUAUCUAUCUGUGACAACUUUUUUCUUUCUUUCUUUCUCAUUCUGUUCAUAUCUAUCUAUCUAUCUAGAAUUAAUACAAUAAAUUUUGUAUGCAAGAUAAGUAAAUAUCUAUAUUUCUCGAAACCCUUUUUCAAAGAUGCCUGCGCCAGAAUGUCAGAUUCCAGUGUGUAUCCCACCGAUCCGAAUUCAUGUUUGAUGUGGGGGAUUUGCAGCUUUGGAGCUACAACAUCCAUUCGGUCAUGCCCCGAUUUGAAGGCCAUGGAACAGUACAACAGUAUGAUGGGUCAGUGUGUCAAUUCCAAGGAGUGUACAUCAAUUGUCAUACCACCAAGUAAGUAUCCACGGCUAUCUAUCUAUCUAUCUAUCUAUCUAUCUAUCUAUCUAUCUAUCUAUCUAUCUAUCUAUCUAUCUUUAAGACUGUUGAUAUCUCUUACGCGCUCUCCCUGCUUGCAGUAUCCAGUAUGCAACCCAGAUCAGAAGGUAGACACAAAUACAUGCCAGUGUGUUCCACGUUGUCCUUACGCCCCUACAUGCGCCGACACACAGAAACUAGAUAGUAAUACCUGUCAGUGCGUUUCACGUUGUCCUCAAGCCCCUGUUUGCACUGAAACGCAAAGACUGGACAUUAACUCCUGUCAGUGUGUCUCUCGCUGUCCUUACACCCCAGUUUGUUCUGAAACUCAGAAGUUGGACAUUAAUACCUGUCAGUGUAUUCCUCGUUGUCCUUACGCCCCCGCUUGCACCGAGACACAGAAACUAGAUAUUAAUACCUGUCAGUGUGUUCCACGUUGCCCUUACGCCCCUAGUUGUUCUGAGAACCAGAAAUUGGAUAUUAACAGCUGCCAAUGUGUUCCACGUUGUCCGUAUGCCCCUGCUUGUACUGACACUCAGAAAUUGGACAUUAACAGCUGCCAAUGUAUUCCACGUUGCCCUUACGCCCCUGCUUGUUCUGAGACACAGAAACUGGAUAUUAACAGCUGCCAAUGUGUUCCACGUUGCCCUUACGCCCCAACUUGUUCUGAGACACAGAAACUGGACAUUAACAGCUGCCAAUGUGUUCCACGUUGCCCUUACGCCCCAACUUGUUCUGAGACACAGAAACUGGACAUUAACAGCUGCCAAUGUGUUCCACGUUGCCCUUACGCCCCAACUUGUUCUGAGACACAGAAACUGGACAUUAACAGCUGCCAAUGUGUUCAACGUUGCCCUUACGCCCCUGCUUGUUCUGAGACACAGAAACUGAACAUUAACAGCUGCCAAUGUGUUCCACGUUGCCCUUACGCUCCUGUUUGUUCUGAGACACAGAAACUGGACAUUAACAGCUGCCAAUGUGUUCCACGUUGCCCUUACGCCCCAACUUGUUCUGAGACACAGAAACUGGACAUUAACAGCUGCCAAUGUGUUCCACGUUGCCCUUACGCUCCUGUUUGUUCUGAGACACAGAAACUGGACAUUAACAGCUGCCAAUGUGUUCCACGUUGCCCUUACGCUCCUGUUUGUUCUGAAAUUCAGAAACUGGACAUUAACAGCUGCCAAUGUGUUCCACGUUGCCCUUACGCUACUGCUUGUUCAGAGACUCAAAAAUUGGACAUUAACACCUGUCAGUGUGUUCCACGUUGCCCUUACGCUACUGCUUGUUCUGAGACUCAAAAAUUGGACAUUAACAACUGCCAAUGUGUUCCACGUUGCCCCUACGCCCCAACUUGUUCUGAUACUCAGAAACUGGACAUUAACAGCUGCCAAUGUGUUCCACGUUGCCCUUACGCCCCAACUUGUUCUGAUACUCAGAAACUGGACAUUAACAGCUGCCAAUGUGUUCCACGUUGCCCUUACGCCCCUGCUUGUUCUGAGACACAGAAACUGGAUAUUAACACCUGCCAGUGUAUUCCUCGAUGUCCUUACGCCCCUGUUUGUUCUGAUAUUGAAAAACUGGACAUUAAUUCCUGCCGGUGUGUUCCACGUUGUCCUUACACCCCUGCUUGUACGGAAACUCAAAAACUGGACAUUAAUACCUGCCAAUGUGUCACACUUUGUCCCUAUGCACCUACCUGUAGCUCGUCCCAAAAACUUGACCUCUCUUCUUGCCAAUGCAUUGAGCGAUGUCCCUAUAUAACUUGUCAGAAUAGUGAUAUUCUCGAUACUACCACUUGUAGUUGUGUUCCACGCUGUGCCAACCAACCUAUCUGUCGUAUCGAUCAGCGUCUUGAUUUAACCAGCUGUCAGUGUAUUGACCAGUGCACUCAACCACCUGCCUGUGAUCCUUACACUGAAAGACUUGACCUCCUUAAUUGUAGAUGUUAUAACAUUUACUGUCCUAACUCGCUACCCUGCCUUAAUGGACAACGCUUAAACAUCUCCAGUUGUGUAUGUGAAAGAACUGCUUCCCUUUCAACAACUCCUUCAAAACCCACAGGAUCAGCUUGCCAACCAUCAGUGAGUGUGGACUUUAAAAAUCUUGGUGCAUUAACUUCUCGCUUCCUUCACGUGAUCGGAACUCACAUUAAAUACGAACCCACAGCCUUGGAUAAUUACGUGGGCGUUUUCGAUGGGAAAUGUCAGAUUGCACUCACCCGUUUUACAUUUGCAAAUACUAGUCCUCCGUUUGCGAUCUCUGUACGAUAUCGGCUCAACAAUACCUACGGAAUCCAGCGACCCUUGGCACUUGUGUCUAACGGUAACAACAUGGUCGAGACAAGCAUCGUGAUCGCUGCAACCCCAAGCUACGUGGAUUACAAUCUAUCUCAGUCUGUUCAUAUCUAUCUAUCUAUCUAUCUAUCUAUCUAUCUAUCUAUCUAUCUAUCUAUCUAUCUAUCUCAUUCUAUUCAUAUCUAUCUAUCUAUCUAUCUAUCUAUCUAUCUAUCUAUCCAACGAUGCACCAACCAUAAAGCAAUGGGUAGCAAGCAGCUUUAUAGAUCACCUCUACUAUCACUCAUAAUGUUCCUGUUCCAACUAACGUUCCUGUAUAACUAUAUAUAUUUAUAUUGUAUCUAUAUCAUCCUCACUUCUCUCUCUCCCGCGCGCUAUCUAUCUAUCUAUCUAUCUAUCUAUCUAUCUAUCUAUCUAUCUAUCUACAUAUAA